CGGGUUUUUCUGCGAGUUAAAGGUGGUUGCAACGACUCGGUGUUCCAAAGGGCCGACCUGGGGUGGAGUCCCGCCACCUGGACUGAGGAGGAAAGUCCUGAGCUGGCCCUCUCACGGCCUGGGCUGGGUGGGAAGUUGAGAGCCCGCACUCGUCCACCCUGACCGCCUACCGCCGAUGUUCCCGGAUGCGCUGGCGUCCAGCGCCAGCCCUUUCGCCCUUACCCCUGUUAUCAUUAAGACCUGAUGCCCUGGGCAGCAGUGCUUAAGAACCUAGGCCGCACGUUCUCUCGCCUUCACUCCACAGGAAGCGCAAAUGAUGGUUUUGCUGGGUGAACCCUGGACACCCACAUCCUAACAAUCCACCCCGCCCCGCCCCCCGAAAACAGCGCCUGACCUCUCCGUACUGCCACGCUGGAGGCAAUCAAUAAAGGUCUUCCGAAAGAAUUUUAAAUGUAUUUAAGAGAACCCUUUAAAAGGAGCGCCGACGAGACUGGGUUGGAAUGCAGGUUUGGUUAAGGCAUUGCUUCCACGACAAUUCUCAAUCCGCAGAUAACCCAAAACUCGAGUUCCUACACGUCCCCUUCACUUCCAGGUCAUCCCGGAGGCCGCAGUCGCGGCUCUAACGCUCGUCAGAACCCCACUGCCCAUCGCGAGGAAGUGCAGGAAAAACAGGCUCUUUGGUGGGACGCAGGGACGUGCGGAGCUCGGGGAGGCUAGCCCGACGGGCCUGUCCUGGGCACCCACGGUCGUUGGAACUCGUCUUCGGGCGUCUUUCCGGGAAAUUGCUUGGCGUUUCAUCCAGGUUAUCCAUCCAGCGAGUGACGCCAAGUCCUUGCACGCUACUGGGUUUGGAAAAAAACAAAAAAUGAGCAAGCGAGACGCCCCUUCCGUUUUAUGAUCACCAAGCUGCAAGCAAAUAAAUCGGCUGGUCCCACUGCAAUCUUCUGCACUCGAGUGCCAAGAGAGCCUGUUCCUAUGAAUUACUGAAGCCAUAAAGAAAAAAAUUUUUAAAUUAAAACUUUACCAUAAUGAGGUGUUACCACAUCUGCAAAGUCCCUGGAAGAGUGAUGGGGAUUCGAGUGCUUCGUUUCUCCCUGGUGGUCAUCCUUGUGUUACUGCUGGUGGCUGGGGCUCUGACCACUUUGCUUCCUAAUAUCAAAGAAGACAAGAUGCUCGCUUUGCGAAGGGAGAUCAAAUCCCAGGGCAAGUCCCCGCUGGAUUCCUUCACUCUCAUAAUGCAGACGUACAACAGGACAGACCUCCUGCUGAGACUUUUAAAUCACUACCAGGCAGUACCGAACCUGCACAAAGUGAUCGUGGUGUGGAACAACGUCGGGGAGAAGGGGCCGGAUGAGCUGUGGAAUUCCCUAGGGCCUCACCCUGUCCCCGUCAUCUUCAAACCGCAGACAGCAAACAGGAUGAGAAAUCGACUGCAGGUCUUUCCUGAACUGGAAACCAGUGCGGUGCUAAUGGUGGACGAUGACAUGCUAAUUAGCGCCCAAGACCUUGUUUUUGCUUUCUCUGUUUGGCAGCAAUUUCCUGAUCAAAUCGUAGGAUUUGUUCCAAGAAAGCAUGUCGCUACUGCCUCCGGGGUCUACAGUUACGGAGGUUUUGAGCUGCACACACCAGGGUUUGGAAACGGUGACCAUUACUCUCUGGUCCUGAUUGGAGCGUCAUUCUUCAACAGCAAAUACCUUGACCUCUUUCAGAGGCAACCUGCCGCCGUCCACGCUUUGUUAGAUGAAACACAGAACUGUGAUGACAUCGCCAUGAAUUUUCUCAUCGCCAAGCACACUGGGAAGACCUCAGGAGUGUUUGUGAAACCUGUGAACAUGUACAAUUUAGAAAAAGAAACCAACGGUGGCUAUUCCGGAAUGUGGCAUCGAGCCGAGCACUUUCUGCAGAGGUCUUACUGUAUUAAUAAGCUCGUUCACAUCUAUGACAGCAUGCCCUUAAGAUACUCCAAUAUUAUGAUUUCUCAGUUUGGUUUUCCAUAUGCCAACCACAAAAGUAAAAUGUGAAAGGAAAAACAAACAAAAACGAACCUCCGAACUGCUUAGCAUUUGAGUAGCUCCUUCAGGCUAUGGUUGGUUUUUUAAUUUUUAAAUUUUUUUUUUUUUAAGCAACGUCAUGAAUGUUUUUUUCCACGCCAGAAGUCUCUACAAAGGGAAAAAAAAAUGCAUAAGGCUUCUAGGAUGUAAAAUAUACAUGAAACCCAAGAAGCUGGUGUUAUCCAGAUAGGCCUUCUUGUGAAACGUUUUCACCCACGGAUAUAAUUCCUUGGUCAGCGAUUUUAUUGUUUACAUUCUGAGACUGUGCAGUGUUUUUUUUUUUUUUUGGACUCCUGGCACUUGCCUUAAGGAUGUUUAGCAAGCUGUUUCCAGGAUCAGAAACCACAGAGAAGUAUCUCUGAGCUUUUUCAUUGAAGGGUGGAUUGUUUUCACUCGAAGCCUGAAAUGCCUCUUUAGCAAAAGCCUGUGGUAUAGGGAAAAGCCAUGUGAGGAGAGAAGAGCCUAGAUCCCAUAUAAAAACAAGUGGAAAAUUUGUGACUUCCCUCUUGGUCCUUCCAGCCAACCCUCUCCAGGACAAACUCAUCCCAGCAUGGUUUUGAUGCAGCCGUCAGUGUUGUUAUUUCUGUUAAGUCUACUGUGAGUGGAAGGGUUAAUUUUAGUAGCUGAAGGAUGUCUAGUUGUUUGCUUGAUUUUUGUGAACAUUUACUGCAUGGAUCACAAAAAAAAAAAAAAUGCAACUUAUGUGUUUUAUGUGCAACUUGUGUGCAGCAAGGAGUAAACGUGUUCCUAGUUUCAGGUCGUGCAUCGUAUCACUGAGUCUGACUUUGUACGUUAACGCUUCUAUUUUACAUAACGUAUGUCUUGUUUAAGAAGCAUGUAUAAAAUAACUCUGCUGAGAGAGUAAUUCCUUAGGCAUGGACUGGCAGAAGUUAAAACCUUUAGUAUCAGAUGAUCUUUAUUGUUUGAAAAGCAUAGGUUAUCUCAUGCUGUGAGAUACCCAGGGGCUGUGUGUAAUACACCCAAAGUCAGUCUCUUGCAUUUGGAACGUCUUCUCCCCACAAAAAACAGUCCAAAGGUCAUAAUGCAAUUUCAAUUACAUACGUGCCUAUAUACAUACAUACAGGAAAAAAAUAAGAGACCCGAAUCAUAGCAGAGGAAUUCCGCAGGGAGUCUGCAUCAGUUAGUUGUUAAAUGGUCCACUCUCUGUUGUGUAAAUGGUUAUCUGUUUCAUGCAAUAUCUGUAGGUGGUCCUUGUUCGCUAAAGGAAUACUUAAUUAGCCCUCUGUCGACCACCUUCUCCUCUUCCUGUUCUACCCCCCCCCCCAUUAUGCCAUCAUAUUCUCACAGUUGCAAAGCUAAGGAAAUAAUCAUGAUUAACGUCCAACAAUGAGGUCUCUGUGCAAUUAGCCAGUUGAUGUUCCCUCACACUGGCAUGUGUGUGGGUCUUAAUGCAAGUACAGUAUGCCACCAAUAGAACUCACAACCUCAGUAAAAAUCCGUAGUGUUACGUAUCUGCGUUGUCGACCCUUCGUAGUGAUUUUUUGGCCUCUUGAGAGUCUACCGGCAGAUACAUCAAAGAAACUUUCACCAUCCAGAUGUCCUAUGUUAAUUAAGCUUUGGUGGUCGGUGUUUAUACACAUCUCCAAAUAUUAAUAUAUUGCUCAAAGGAAGGGAGUGUUAUUAGCUACAUUCCCUGUGGGAAAUUGUUCUUGUGGGAAAGUAUUUUCAGAUUUUAUAUCUCAUCUUGUGUUCUUAAACUUAGAUUCAGCAUCACUUAAGUUACUCAUAUCAUAUCUUUCCGACAUUGUAGAGCAAAUAUGAAAACAAAGUGAAGGUACAAAGACUCCUGUGUUGAUUGAGGCUAGACUUCUACUAAAACUUCUUUUUCCCUGCACACCUCUUCUUGCUCCAAAAGAUUUGGAGAAGAGAUGAUGCUCAGGCUUAAAACUGAACUGAAGCAACGUAGCUUAGGGGUUACAUAUACCGCGGAGAACUUGUGCUCCAGUCCUUCCUGGAUCUCAUAUUUACCGAACCUCUUGGAGCUUCAGUGUCCUUGUCCUCCAAAAUGAGAAUAAUAUCUACAUCAGGUUUGUUUUAAGGAAUAAGGAAGUUGGAUGGUAUAAGUAUGUGAAAUGGUCAAUAAAAGAAAGCUGUUGGGAUGUGUCAUUGACAACAAGGACAUUUAAUUCUUCCAAACUCACCUCUCAAGAAUUAGAAAGGCCUUGGACCCAUCAUGUGAGAUAUUCAGGAAAUUGUUUCCAUAUAACAAUGUUUCUACACAGCCAUGGCAAUUUUCGUCUCGUUUUCUUUAUUUCAAAUGUCCCUUUCCUUGUGUUAUUAAAACAAUACCUAUUCACUCUGGCAAUGGUGGCAUAUUCAGAACAGUUAACAAUGGCCACGUUAACAAUGGCCAAACAUUUUUGUGUCUAUUCCUCCUGUUUUUGAGGCAUAUAUUUUAUUUAUUUUUUUCUUUGUUUACAGCCGCACACAUAGCAUAUGGAAGUUCCCAGACUAGGGGACCAAUCAGAGCCACAGCUGAGGCCUUCGAUGCAGCUGCAGCCUACGCCACAGCCACGGCAACACCACAACUUGUGACAACAUGGGAUCUUUAACCCACUGCGUGAGGCCAGGGAUGGAACCUUUGUCCUCAUGGCACUAUGUCAGGUUCAUAACUUGCUGAGCCACAAUGGGAAGUCCCUAGGCAUGUAUUUCAAUAGCAUGAUUUGUUUGGUGUUUCAUUGGAUGGAUACACCAUAGUUUAUAGAACCAAUCAUGUUGCUAUUCUGUCUGAUAAUUUCUUAUGAUUGUCUAACAACAUCUGGGUAAGCGCCCUUGCCUUGAGCAGGUAGCUUUGAGCAUAUCUGUAAUAAUUUCUUUAAAAUCAGGUUCAAGAAGUCCAAUACCUGGAUCUAUCUAGUAUUUUUAGGGUUUUUAAUACAUGUUGCUAUAUGCCCCCAGAAGCAUUGCCAUAGCUGUGACAUUACCACAUCUGACAGCUCCUGUUUACCAUCAGAUUUCCCAGCAUUGCAUAUUAUUUAAAAUUUUCUUAAUUUCUUUGCCCAUGUACAAAAUUCUCAAGCGCCACAGGAUUUGGAAAGGCUCAGACUAUAUUAAGAACUCCAUGUUGAGAAGGCUGACAAACAGGCAGUCAACUGUCAGGUAAGAUUCCAGGGAAGAUUCAAGAAGUUUUUGCAGUGCUUCUUUGCUCUCGGGCUUGAGUAUAGGCAAUGAAUUACUGACUCUUUGCUGGUCCCAGGAAUAAAAAACUUGGAAGCAAG